AUUUUUAUUGAUUCUUCUUGUCACUUGUCCUGUAUAUUUGUUUACUUUUUACUACCAAAUGUACAAAUCUUACAAAUUACAAAUAAUUCUAGCUAGCAGAAAGCACAAACGUAACAAAUCAAAUAAGAAAAUUAGCCAACAGUGAGGAAGAAACAGAGGAGCAGAAAACGUUGAGGAUAAAAAGAAAAAAUUGUUUAUAAAAUACAUUUUUGAGGUUAUCUGCUGCAAUUAGAAAUUAGAAUGACUUUGGGAAGUCAAACUAAAGCUUACUUCGGUAAAAAGAAAACUCCUACAUAUCCACCUCAAGGUGUCAGGUGCCAAAAAUGUUUAGAAUAUGGACAUUGGUCUUACGAAUGUAAGGGCAAAAGAAAGUAUUUACACAGAUCUUCAAGAACACAGUUAUUGAAAAAACGAUUGAAAACUAAAGAUGAGGCCAACACUACAACUGGUUCUACUGAACUCAAACAAAAAACCACAAAAGUAAAAUCCAAAUCAAAAAAUGGUGACACCAGUAGCUCGGAUAGUAGUUCAGACUCUGAAGAUUCCAGUAAUAGUGACUCAAGUAGCAGUGAUAGUAGUAGUUCAUCUAGCAGUAGUUCAAGUUCCGAGAGUGAAAAUGAAUAGCUCAACUCACUAAUAUAUUAGUUCAUAUUUAUAUAUAAGUUUAAACACCCUAGAAGAAUACUUAAAACUGCAGUUAAAAGCAAAAACAGGGUAUCAUUGAAUGAAUAAAAAUAAUACUAUUAGAAAGUAGAAGAGUUAUAUAAUAGGAUAAUAAAAAAAGUUUAUCCAUUUUCAAGCUAUAAAUUUGAUAAAAUAUCAACAGAUUGUGAUGCAUUUGGAUGUCAAAUAUUUUAAUGUGCAAGAAGAUAUUAAUUAUUAUACUUACUUAAUUUUUGUAUUCAUAAUAAAUUAUUC